AUGGGGCUCUCCAAAUCGACGCGCAUCAUGAUCCUGCUGGGUAUCGACUCGGCCUUCUUCCUGCUGGAGCUCGUGGUGGGAUACGCGGUGCAUUCGCUGGCUCUAGUCGCCGACUCGUUCCACAUGCUGAACGAUGUCAUAUCGCUCCUUGUCGGCCUCUGGGCAGUGAAGGUUGCAAACGAGAAGACCAACUCGAAGAGAUACACAUACGGGUGGCAACGCGCAGAGACCCUUGGCGCCCUCGUGAACGGCGUCUUCUUGGUCGCACUGUGUCUUUCUAUCUUUCUCGAAGCUAUCCAGCGGUUUGUCGAGCCCCAGGAAGUCUCACAGCCCAAGCUCGUCCUCAUUGUCGGCUCUCUCGGUCUCGCUUCCAACCUGGUCGGUCUCGUCCUCUUCCACGAUGUCGGACACAGCCACGGCCCAGGCGGACACUCACACGGGGCUGGCAACGAGCACUCACACGCCGAACAAGGACAUGCACACGGAAUCGAGGCGCACGAUCACGCACACGCACACGCACACGUACACGCACACAGCCACGACGAGAGCAGUUCUGCUCAAGCCCUAGGGGCGCGCCGUAAGUCGGCAUCUGGCAAGCGCGGCCACCGUCAUGCUCGAUCAGGAUCCCAGGGAUAUUCUACGCUCGAUGAAAUCUACGUCCACCCAUCCUCUUUCAGGAACAGUAUCAUCGAAUCUUCCAGGCAGGACGUUGACGAUGCUGAUGUCAGCGAGAGCGGCGAUGAUCAACCCACCGAGCAGAGCUCUCUUCUGGCCAAGUCCAACGGCCAUUCGCAUUCGCACGGGCCGAAAGACCACCACAAGAGCCACAACCACGCCAAGCCGAAGGACCAGAAGUCUGGUGGAGGACACGGCCACUCUCAUGGGGACCUGAACAUGCGCGGCGUCUUCCUCCACGUUCUAGGCGAUGCUCUGGGCAACGUCGGUGUCAUUGCAACCGCCCUGUUCAUCUGGCUUACCGACUUCUCAUGGAGGUUCUACGCUGACCCUGCUGUUUCCCUCGUCAUCACCGUAAUCAUCCUUCUCUCGGCCAUCCCGCUUUGCAAAGCUGCGUCCCGCAUCUUGCUGCAAGCCGUCCCUGAGAACUUAUCCAUCGACGAGAUCAAGGAGGACAUUACCGAUCUCGACGGCAUCAUCUCUUGCCAUCACCUCCACGUCUGGCAGCUCUCUGACACCAAGCUCAUUGCCUCGCUUCACGUGCAGGUCGACUUCGACUUCAAGGGUGAGGGCUCAGCCCGCUACAUGACUCUUGCCCGCCAGGUUCGCGAAUGCCUGCACGAGUAUGGCAUCCACUCCUCUACUAUCCAGCCUGAGUUCUGCCUCGACGCAACUCACGACCACUCGGCCGCCGGGUCAGAAGACGAAGCAGCGAACCCCAAGGCGCCGAGUGUCAAGGGCGAGCCUGAGGCGUGUCUGCUCGAGUGUCCGGACAGCUGCGGCAACGCAAAGCAGUGCUGUGAACCUGGACAAAAGGGCUGCAAGGGCAGCAAUGGCUCAUCAGCCUAA